AUGGCUGAUCCAAAAUCCAGAGCUUAUCCUCUCGCUGAUGCAAAGCUUACUAAUACUUUAUUAGAGCUUGUACAGCAAGCACAAAACUACUCACAGCUAAAGAAAGGUGCGAAUGAAACCACAAAGUCUCUUAACCGAGGACAGGCUGAAUUAAUCAUUCUUACAGCUGACACUGAGCCUUUGGAAAUCAUUCUGCACCUUCCACUGCUGGCUGAGGAUAAAAACGUCCCUUAUGUGUUUAUCAAAAGCAAAGCUGCUUUAGGCAGAGCCUGUGGGGUUUCUAGGCCUGUCAUUUCUUGCGCGAUUACCAUUAACAAAAGUUCUCCGUUGAAGCCAAGCAUUGAUGAGGCAAAGGAUACGGUAGAACAGCUCUUAAUCUAA